CGGGACUUCAUCUCCGUCACCCUCAGCCCGGAGGAGGCGGUGGGGGCCGGCGGCUACAAUAACAGCAAGGCCUGGAGGCGGCGCUCCUGCUGGCGGCAAGAAAAAGUAAGAUGGUGGUGAAUGCUGUCAUGUAUUCUUGUGCCUCAUUCCUACCCAUCCCAAGACACCACAGUCAAUGCCCCUUUUCCCAUCCUACCCUGAGGAAACACAGGGCUGCUGGGUUUCGAGCAUCCUUCUGCGACUGGGAGAUGAUGAUACGGUUGGCUGUGCAGAAAUGGAAGCAGCUGUCUCGACUACAGCGGAGUGUAAUUCUCUUCCUGUUUGCCUUCUUGGCAGUCUGUGGAGUCAUUUCAUACACAAGCAUGGGGGAACCGUGGAAAAGUCUAACAAACAAAUCCUUGGAUGAUCAGAGAACAGAACCAGAAAUUCCUGGAUUAAAGCUGGCAAAUCCAGCUGUUCUACCAGCACCCCAGAAAGCAGAUGCCAACCUUGGAGACUACGCAGAGCUUUCACCGCAGAAGCUGCCAAAACCACCUCAUGUUUGGCGUGGUCCUUCCAAUCUUCAGAUCAAGCCACCACGGAGGGAUGUGAGGCUGAAGACCCGACAUGAUACCAGCAGGGUUGUAGAAGAGCAGGUCCAGGCUGAUAAAGAAGAGAAAACAGAGAAAUCCAUUAUCAGCUGGAGAGGAGCAGUGAUAGAACCUGACCAAAGCACUGAACCUCCGUCUAGUAAAAUAAAGGAACCAGAAAAACCUUCAUCUGUGGAAGCUGAAGACCAGAAGGAACCAGUGCCCAUAAACGAACGUCAGAUGGCUGUGAUAGAAGCCUUCCGCCAUGCAUGGAAAGGAUACAAGGAUUUUGCUUGGGGCCAUGAUGAGCUGAAGCCUUUGUCCAAGUCCUACAGCGAGUGGUUUGGACUUGGGCUUACCUUAAUUGAUGCCUUGGAUACCAUGUGGAUUUUAGGCUUAAAAGAAGAGUUUGAAGAAGCAAGAAAAUGGGUAGCAAAUGAUUUAGUAUUUGAAAAAAAUGUGGAUGUGAACCUCUUUGAGAGCACUAUUCGUAUCCUGGGGGGCUUGCUGAGCACCUACCAUCUCUCUGGAGAUAGCGUCUUCCUGGAAAAAGCCAAAGACAUUGGGAACAGGCUUAUGCCAGCGUUCAAGACCCCUUCCAAGAUACCAUAUUCUGAUGUCAACAUUGGCCGGGGCACUGCACAUCCACCUCGUUGGACAUCUGACAGCACUGUGGCAGAGGUGACCAGUAUUCAGCUGGAGUUUAGGGAGCUCUCUCGUCUUACUGGAGAUGAGAAAUUCCAGAAAGCUGUAGAUGAGGUGAUGAAGCAUGUUCACACCCUCUCAGGGAAAAAUGAUGGACUAGUGCCUAUGUUCAUAAACACCAAUAGCGGGCAGUUCACUCACUUGGGUGUCUAUACUCUGGGAGCCAGAGCUGACAGCUACUAUGAGUAUUUGCUCAAGCAAUGGAUUCAGGGUGGGAAAAAAGAAAACGAGCUGUUGGAAGACUAUAUGAGAGCCAUAGAAGGAGUGAAAAAGCAUCUUCUUCAGAAAUCACAACCCAAGGAGCUUACUUUUGUAGGAGAGCUUGCUCAUGGCCAUUUCAGUGCCAAGAUGGAUCACUUGGUUUGCUUUUUGCCUGGUACUUUGGCACUGGGAGCUCACAAUGGAUUGACUGCUGAUCACAUGAAAUUGGCUGAAGCCCUUAUAGAAACCUGUUACCAGAUGUAUGCUCAAGUAGAGACAGGCCUGAGUCCAGAGAUCGUACACUUCAAUCUUCAUGCACAAAAGGGCCACAAAGAUGUGGAAAUCAAGCCUGCAGACAGGCACAACUUACUGCGACCAGAAACUGUGGAAAGCCUUUUUUAUAUGUACAGAUUCACCGGUGAUAAGAAAUACCAAGACUGGGGCUGGGAAAUCUUGCAAAACUUCAAUAAAUACACACGGGUUCCUACAGGUGGUUAUACUUCCAUUAACAACGUCCAGAAUCCCAGUAAUCCAGAGCCACGAGAUAAAAUGGAGAGCUUCUUCCUUGGGGAAACACUCAAAUACAUGUUUCUGCUGUUUUCAGAUGACAUAGACUUAAUCAACCUCGACAAAUACGUAUUUAACACAGAAGCUCAUCCACUCCCUAUCUGGGUGCCAGCAUAGACUGGGUGUCAGUAGAUAUUCCAAUGGUGGCAUUCUUAUCUUCAAGUCACUUUACUUUUCAGGGUUUGAGGAGAGAUGCUAUAUUGCACCUUUUUUUGGUUUAAAACAAACAAAACCUUUGGGAAGGCGUCUCUGGUUUGGAGAAGUCAUGUCAGUCUUAAGUCUAAUCCCUGGUUGUGGGAUGGACAAGCUGUGCCAUGCUAAGCUGGUUUUCCUGGUAUUUAUGAUGAGGUUCAGCAAAUAAUUGUAGCGUGCACCAUGACAUUCACGGUGCUCUGGUGAACCAGAACUCACUUAUGUCAGUCUUACUAAAUGCUCAUUAAAUAUCGGGAGUGCAGCAAGUUGUCUUACAGCACAGGAUUGUCCCUGGAGAGAAGGAAUAAGCCUACAGGUUCCUCUUUUUUUCUGGAUUCACUGAAACACUCAGUUACAGCGCCAUUCCUUCAUAAGAAUGUAUGGUGUUUCAGGUGGUAAGCGGAAUAAACGAAGAACUGUAAUGUUGUCCCAGUUAGAAGCAAUGCUGUCAGUAUUGCUACUGAUACUCUGAUCUCAUUCCAAACUACCGAGCUAUGCUGCAUCACAUUAGAAGAAGGAAGUGGGAGCAAAGCAUCUGUUGUACAGUGUCUUAGUUUUAUAGAGCGCUUUGAACAAUCUGUUCAAGCUGUGGCAGAAAUGAAUGAUGGAAGAGAAUCCGCUGCUGGUUUGGCUCAAAGUGGUAUAUAAUUUUGUAGAGGUAUUGCAGUUUUUUAACUUAUCUGCAGGAAUGCAGGAGAUAAUGUGAAACGCAAAUGAAACUACACAUGCAUUUUAUAUAUUAUUUGCAUCAGUUAGACUCAGGUAUUCUGACUGAAAGCUGCUUUCUGAGGUUGGGCACUGGGAAAGCUUGUGAGCACAUUAGGUAUAAUUCUAAGUCAGCCUCCUUCCGUCCCUUCCUGUCCAGAUAUUGCAUUGUGUUUGUUGACUCAAAACAAGCUUACAACUGUACAGCAAAGUUCAUGUUAUUCAUCAUUUUUUGGACUGUGGAGAAACUUUAAUUUUUUUUUUCCUAAACAGUACUUUGGGUAGAAGUGUUUUCAUUAGUAGUAUUAAAAGCAGGCAGUCUAAAUGUAUUGCAACAAUUUCUGGUCCCAGUAGAACUACUGAAAUCUGUUCAGUUGCUUGAAGACAAAGCAGACCCAGUUUUUUUUAAGAAUCUUAUGGGAGCCCUGGGAUCUUUCAUUUUUAUAUGUGCAAAUAGAUUUUAAACCAUGAAUUUAGAAAUCGGCUUUCUAUAGUGCUUUUCAUUUUGGUUUUGUAGCUACUUGGACAGUCCUGUAUUCACAGAUAAGUUCUCGGAAAUGUGCUUGUUCGUAUUUCUUAAAGAGGUUGUUCUCACCAAAAUGUCCUUUCCCCUCACAUUAAUGGGAGUGGUGGGAAGUAUGCAGAUGCGUGGUAGCGGCAGUGAGGUACAGUCGCCUCUAAAUUUAGGGCCGCUACACAGAACUAAUUCAAUCUGACUGUAAUGGUUAAUUUUCCAGUGGAUGAGGGGGUAUUAUGUGUAUUUUAUGGUAUUUGUAAAGUAAGAUGCAUCUUUAUUUGUUUUAUGCUGAUAAUUCUGUUUGCUGGAGUCAGAAGUUAUCCUUGGGACCACUAUUUAAGUCUUUUAAAGAAUAUUUAUCAUUCCGUGUACUAAUGACGGCUUAUGGAAAUGGAGAAAUUUUACAAAUUAUUUAAAUGCACCUUUUUCUGUCACCAAAGGCACCCUGGGAUUUGCAAGACAUGAGAAGUUUCUGCAGAAUGUUAAUGUUCCUCCAGUUCACAUGCCACCAGUAACCGUGGAAAUUAGUUUCUUACUUAUGUGUACAGUGGAAUCCAGUAGCUGUAGUCUUUGUCUGCACAACUGAUUUGCUCCUGAGACUUUUGUUUUCUUUGACAUAACAGCAAAGAAGGAAAAUGCUGUUGAAAUGUGGGAGGAAGCACCUUCAGUGUUUUUGUUUGUGGAGCAGGUUCAUGUUUCUGAGGAGCUGAGCUUUGGCUAAAAGCUGAAGGCUUAAAACUGGAUAUAAAAAAAAGAAGAAAAAAAAAAAACCCCAAACCUCUGUGAGACUACCCAGGCCCUACUGACUUGUGUUGCUUUGGCCUUGUGCCUUCGAUUGAAGUUAGUAUUGAACCCCUAAUUAAUGACUUUGCUAUGGAUUGUAAAACUGCCAGAGUUUGGCUUUUCAACGUAUACAGCAGGCCUACUGAGGAAACAAAGAGAUUUCUUAGAAAGUGGAAUAAAUGCUCACCAAAAAUCUGUUGUUGAAGUCUUAUACUAGACUUAAUGUAAUCAGCUCUACAAAUGGGACUGUGGGAGUCUGUGUUAUAAUUUUUUGCCUUAUGAUUGGCUUGAGAGUAAUAAGCCAUUUCAUAGUGAGUUAAAGGAAGGAAAGAAUAACUCAUCACUUUCCCAAACACACUUCUUGUCUUUUAGCUGAGCCUGUUGGUACAACUAACUUCUUUUCUACCUAAUUCUUCCUGGGAAACUGAAUCUCUUUGCAAAGUGUGGCUUUACUGUCCUUGUCCUUCAAAUCUGAAGUUAAGAUUGUUCAGCUCGCUCUACCUUUGAGAACAAAUGCUUGUUUCAGACUCCUAUAUCACAUGUGAAAUGGCACAAACCUAAAUAAUCUGGUAAAAGCUCAUCCGCUUCUUCCUGUUCUUUUGCAGAGGUUACUUUAACUGCUUAUUUAUUUUUACUUCCUUAACAUAAUAUGUUGUGUCAGAUUAGUCUCUGAGCUUCUCAGCCCAUCUCAAUUCCACUAUGUGCUCCCCCAGCACAACAGAAGCUUUGCAGGUGUUUGAAAAUUUUUCUUUCGAGUACUCUGUGGUUCUUUGAACCAAAGCCUUAACUGCAGGGUCUGUAAUCCAUUUUGGUGUUUCAACUACUGGUAUGCUUCUGACACUUAAGUCAAAUGUUGCGGAAAGGCCAUCUCUUCAGCCAGUGAUUCUGUCCUUUUGCACAAAGAGCUGCCUUGGUUUCUCUCCAAGACCUUGAGUGCCUGGCCUAAUUAAAAUAAAUAAAUAAAUAAAAACCAAACCCAGCCCCACCCAGCUGUACUAUUCACUUACGCUUUCACUGAGAAACAGAAGUGGAUUUGGGCACAGCCAUGGAGUGCUGCACAGCUGUAGGACUUGACAGUCUCACACUCUGGGGUUUAAGCCACAGCUCAGAAAAGAAUAUGUGCCUGUUUGCUCAAAAAAAAUUUAAUGGAUGGGGCUACAGUUGGCAUCUGUUCUCUGAACUUUUUGAGAACUGAAGGCUCACUACAGGUCUUAGAAACUGGCAUUUUUGCAAGAUCUGUGGUAUUGGCUGACAGGGACCCCUCUGUGUUUCACAUGGCUUUCCGCUAACAAGAUUUUCAACAUUAUGUGCCAAGCUCAAAUAGAGCUGUAUUUACUCCUCCAAAUACUAGGCAAAGAAUCUGCUUUGUUUCCUAUUCUAUACUAGUGUGACAGCACGGCGAUGAGGGAUGCAGAUGGGAUAGGUUUUUGCAGCUAACAUGUUUACACGGUUUUGUGAAUCUCUUCUGCCCUUUAUGACUACUUCCCUUCAGCUGUGCAGUCCUAGAAAUACCCCUGCAGGCGAUUCAGCUCCUGAUUUCCAGUGCCACACUCAGUAUAUUUAACAAGACCAGUAAAGCUGACAUGUCAGGGUGGCUCCAAGAUGCUGUCUGGCAAGCUUGUUGCUUCAACAGAAGGGUUAAGAGUUUCCUCACUUUGGAUUCUGGAAGAAUGGCUUAGGGUUUUUUGUCUCUGAAGUAUUGCUAGAACUUACUGUCAAAGUCUGGAGGCCUCAGCUUCCACUAAAAACCAACCCCGAGUUCUUCAGCAGUGGAUAACUUGUGCUUGCCAGGAAAACAUGCCCAUUCACGUGAUCAGUUUUCAAGCUCUGACUUAGGCAUGUGACCAGAGACAUGCUUCUUACUGUUUUGUGCACUGUUCCCAUCUUGGUGGUACUCCUCAUGCUGGUAUGUGAUGAUAGAAUAAAUAAGCCUUUUCUCAGCAACCCCACUGGUACAGGUCUUAAACCAGCACAGGGGCUCUACCCAUGGAUGGUGCUCUGGGUCACUUACUCUUCUUGCACUCUGUUUUCCUUUUGUGUUCCCUGAAGUUCAGCCACAAGCAGUGUUCCUACAAGAGCGGUGACUGCUGCUGUUGGGCUCUUUGCUUCAGCUCAGAGAGCACCACACAACCAGGGUUUUCUGCUUAGAUCCAUUUGUCCUUGCUCAAGGCUUCAAAAUGUUAUGGGUGUUUGUGGCACUGGCUUCAGACUUCUGCCACAGUUUCUGAAGGCUGUUUUUGUAAUUAUUCUUAGUGCUGCUCAGUAAUCAUCUGCAUGGAAGUCCAUGUGUAUCUUGUUUACCCCUUUGCCAUAGCAUUUGAAAGCCUUUAGUUCAUCCUUCCGUAUAAAUCAAACCAUUUCUGACUCUCACACUAUGUAGAUUCCUUUAGGGCAAGUACUAUCUGCAAGAGGAAAAGAAGAGAUCAGUAUAGUCCAUUGUAAGAGGAUUAAAGAACUCUUAUCCUUCUGGAAGGUGAAAAGACACCUGGGCAUCUCUUCACUCAAAGGCAGAAAACAAGCCACUGGACAACGGCGGUAACUUGCAGAUUACUUGCCAAAAGACUCAUACUGAACUUGGCUGCUUUAAUGCACUGCUAGCUUGGUUUAGUCAGGGUGCCUGCUUGCUGGGAGCUAAGGAUGCUGUUAGAAAGGUAAUAUAAGCAAGAUGUAAUCCUCUCUGCCUGCAGACACAUCCACCGCUGUCUGCUUUUUUUAAUGUAGUGCUAGUCCUGAAUAAUUGCUGGGGUACAGCAAAUGUAAAUUCAGAAAAGUUGGGGGGGUCUGUGAGCAUGGAGGGUGAAUACCAGAUUCUAGCGUCUCAGAAAGGCUGGAAGCAACAGCACUGUAUAAGCCGUAGUUUCAGCAACAAACCUGAAGCCCGACUUCGGUAUGAGCAAAAGGGACAUUGACAGCUCUUAGCAGAGGUUUUCAUCAGCACAAACGGAGAGAAUACGGGUCUUAUUGAGGAUAUAGUUCCACUAACAGUCUUAAAGUGUUUUUCUUUGGGGGCUGGAGUUUGACUAAUUGGGUCUUCCAUGUUUUGUCCUUAAGUAAGUUGUACAAAUCUGAAAGAUCUGAUAAAUAGACUUCAUCUGUUCCUGCUCUUCCCCUCUCCCUGCACUGCUCAGUGGGGGGUGGGGACCAGAACUUUUGGCCUUUUGUACUUAAGAAAGGGGAAGAGGUAAGCGGGUCGUGUGCAAAAAACCCCUUUUUGUCAGCACCCAAAUAUUGUGAAAUAGCAUCAGUGACUGACAUUGUAGCUCUGGGAACCAGUUGCACUGUGAUGGUGGCUGGGACCCAGCAGUGCAAAUACUUAACACAGAGCCUUGUGUUUGAGCAACGUAACAGAAGCUGAAGCAAUGCUGUGACUUUGCCUGUAUAAGUAAUGUAAACCUUUGAUGACCCAGGAGGCUUCUCCGCUCAUAAAAUCAUUGUAAAUGGAUCAACUGAGGCAUCCAAUUGAUUACCAGGAUUUAAUAUUUUUGCAAUUAUGCUAGUAUUUAUUGGUGUAUAACAAUUCCAGUAGGUAAGAAUCCACCUGUUUAUGUGCAAAGAUGAGUUUACUCCACCCGGAAAGGUGAGAAGUAUCCUUUUUUUAUCUUCUUUGGUUAUAGUACGAAGCCAUGAAAUUAUAUUACACACUUUAAUAAACUUGUAAUUUAUUUUGAAAAGA